AUGCAAAGCAUGGCCAGAGUUUAUGCAGACGUUAAUACACAUCGGCCACGAGAAUACUGGGAUUAUGAGUCUCUUGAGGUGAAAUGGGGAAAUCAAGAUGACUACAAGCUGAUGAAAAAAUUAGGCCAGGGGAAAUAUGGUAAUGUGUUUGAAGCUGUCAAGAAAAUAAAUAAUGAAAAGGUUGCUAUUAAAAUUCUCAAGCCAGUCACUGAGAAAAAAGUCAAGCGGGAGAUAAAGAUUUUGCAGAACUUGCAAGGUGGUCCUAACAUCAUCACAUUGGUAGAAACUAUAAAAUAUCCUCAGUCAGGAAUACCUGCAUUGGUUUUUGAGCAUGUAGACAGUACUGACUACAAUAAACUGAACCCAUUAUCAGAUCAUGAUAUUCGAUUUUACAUCUAUGAGUUAUUGAAGGCCCUGGAUUACAGUCACAGCAUGGGCAUUAUGCAUAGAGAUGUGAAGCCCCAGAAUGUUAUAAUUGAUCAGAAACUCAGACAUCUACGGCUGAUAGACUGGGGAUUGGCAGAAUUUUAUCAUCCUGGCCAACAGUAUAAUGUACGAGUUGCUUCCCUGCACUUCAAAAGUCCUGAGCUCCUUAUAGAUUAUAAGAUGUAUGAUUAUAGCUUGGAUAUGUGGAGCCUAGGGUGUAUGCUGGCAAGUAUGAUUUUUCUCAAGGAGCCAUUUUUCUAUGGAAUGGAUAAUUAUGAUCAACUGGUGAGGAUAGCCAAAGUUCUGGGAACAAGAAAUUUAUAUGGCUAUAUUCGUAAAUACAGCAUUCAAUUAGAUCCAUGCCUAUGCUUAAUUGUGGGAACACACCCCCGUAAGAAAUGGGAAAGCUUUAUAAAUAGAACAAACCAGCAUCUUGUCAAUCAAGAGGCCUUAGACUUACUGGACAAGCUUCUGCAAUAUGACCAUCAGUCAAGGCUCACAGCCAAAGAGGCCAUGGAGCACCCAUAUUUCUCUACUGUUGUGAAGGACCAGGCUUUAGUGGACUCAUCUAGCAAGCUCACCUCGGGAAGC